GGCGGGGCUGCGGCGGGUUUUGCGACGGCGGCGCCGUAAAGUGCGGCGCGGUGUUGACAGCGGAGGCGGAAGUGAAGAGGACGGAGCGAUGAGCAAAGCCAGGAGAGCCCCCCCGCCCCCCGGCCGCGGGGCCGCCAUCGCCAGGCAGAUGGGUCUGCUGGUGGAGCUCUCCCCGGAGGGGACAGCGGGUGACACGGCUGGGGACAACGCCGCGGAGCUGGAGGCCGAGCUGCUGGCGCUGGUGGGAGCCCCGGCGGCGCCGGGGGCCAAAGCCGCGGCGAAGGCCGCGCUGCCCUUGGAGGCCCUCGAGCGCAUGGCCGCGCUCUGCCUGCGCGACCAGGACGACGAGGACGACGAGGAGCUGGGGGACGAAGCCGACCUCAUGGCGGAGCUGCAGGAGGUGCUGGGCGAUGGAGACGGCGACGCGCCGGCGCCGCCCGGCAAGGCGCCUCCGGAGCCGCUCGGCGUGGAGCCGGCGCUGCUGGAACGCGCCGACAUGUACCGGGCGGCCAUCGGCAACGCGCGGCAAAGCGGGGACGCCCCGCGGCUGCGCCGCCUGGAGCGCGGCCUCAAGACGCUGGAGAACAUGCUGGUGUCGGUCAGGAAGGGAAAACCCAUCAACGAGGAGGAAAUUCCCCCCCCGGUGGCGCUGGGGAAAGGGGGGACCCCCCCACAACCCCCCGGUGUCCCCAAGCCACAGACCCUCCCCGUGGUGACGCCGGAUCCCCCCGCGGAGGUGACACCAGAUCCCCCCAUGGAGGUGACACCAGAUCCCCCCGCGGAGGUGACACCGGCUCCGCCGUCACCGCGUCCCCAACCAGGUGAGGUUCUGCUGCGGGAGCGGCAGCGGGAGUACAAGGUGGCGGCGCUGGACGCCAAACGGCGCGGGGACCUGGAAACGGCCACCAGAUACUACCGCGUGGCAAAGGGCCUGGAGCCGGCGCUGGAGGCGGCCGCGCGGGGCCGGCCGGUGGAGCCGCGCGACCUCCCCCCGCCCCCCGGUGCCGAUCACGUCCCCAAGGAGCCGCCGCCGGAACCUCAACCCGCGUCACCCGCAACAGAGGCGCCCGGCUCCCCGCGAACCGCGCUGGAGGCGCUGGAGCAGCGCAUGGAGCGGUACCGCGCGCCGCGGCCCGCGCAGGCCAAGGGCAAAGGCGACGAGCGGAAGGCGCGCAUGCACGAGCGCAUCGUUAAGCAAUACGAGGCCGCCAUCCGGGCGCACAAAGCGGGGAGAGCGGUGGAUUUUUCGGAGUUACCGGUGCCACCAGGUUUCGAGCCCCUGGCGGGUGCGGAGGCGCCGGGGGGGGGUCAGAGCUUGGCCGCGGUGCUGGAGGCGGCGGCGAAGCUGGUGAACCAGGACGGACCCAGCGAAGAGGACGACGACCCCCCCCGGGCGCCAGCCCCCCAGCAGCCGCCCCCCCCGCGCCGCCCCCCAGCAGCUGCCCCCCCCGCGCCCCCCCCCGCCGGAGCCCCGAAUUCCAGUGGAGGGAACAAACCGGCCCCGAAAAACAACACGAAAGCGCAGCAGCAGCUGGCGUUCCUGGCGCUGAGGAAGAGGCAGCUGACGCAGGCCGCGCUGCGCGCCAAGCAGAGCGCCGACCUGGAGGGGGCCAAGGGGCUGCUGCGCCGCGCCAAGGCGCUGGAGCCGCUGCUGGAGGCCGCGCGGGGGGGGCUCCCCGUCGACAUCAGCAAGGUCCCCGAGGCCCCCGUGGACGCCGAGGACUUUGUGCUGGUGGCGCGGGGGGGGGCCCGCGUGCCCCCCGAGGCCGCCGCGCGGUACCUGGAGCUGGGGAGGCUGAUCCGGCAGCAGCACGAG